CAAACUUGCUGUCAUGAACUUUCAAACCUUUAAGUAUGCCGAUUCCUACCCCCACCCGGAUUUCUUUGAACCCUUCACAUCGUGGCCUUCCCAACGGGUGGUGUACGUAUAUACAUCCUCAAGGCUGGGUCUACUUUCGAAACGAAUUUCACCGUGUGAUCACUGACGAGGACAUUUGUACCCCAAAAAUCCUGGCAAAAUUGGAAAAAUGUUGCGAGCGAUUGGGGACUCCUCUUUUGGAGGAGCAGGACAUUUAUGUUGUGACCCCCGCGGACCCGCCAUUUGUGAUUUUCAUAAACCACAACCACGCUAUAGCGUCAUUCGAGAGAGGUUCGGUGAGUGCUGAAGCGGUACGGCAGAUGAGUAUAUCGACCUGCAUUGAUUCGCUGUCGUCGACUAUACUAUACAUUUUUGCAACAUCACUGCGCACACAUACCUAGCCCCAGAGAUGCCCUGCAUGAAGCAGUCGAUGCACUCAUGUCUUAUCGUUUGGACUAUUUAAUUAAUGGAACAUCGUGCAUCGCACCCUUCUCAAAGGAAGAAUGCGAAAACCUUCUGAAGGUUCUGGAUUCAUUACGAGACGGCUUCUAUGAGAAUUCCGCAGGCACAACCACUUUUCUAGCCUGGGUUCUGAAAAGCAUAUAUUCCGGUUGGUUGAAACUGACAAGAAGACAACACACCGAGUUCCGAGACUCACAGUCUCGUACAAACAUCGGCCACACCCAGCCUCCUGAAUUUGUGCGAAUUUUGCUUUCUUUGAUAAUCAAAUUCCCGUUCUUCGGUAUCCCUGAGACAUACUUGGCCCAUACCAAGGACGCAAGCGAAUUCCGUGGCCGUCUCGUCGACUUACAGGAACGUUGGGAAGCUUAUACACGCCAAUUGAUUCGGGAAUACUCAGAUUUCAUCCUAGCUGCCACGGUUCUAAUGUCUGCGACUAUGGGUUUUCUAGCAGUUCCUGACCUCGAACAAGUAGCCAAAGCUCUCGGGAUAAUUCCUGUCUUUGCUGCUUUGAGUAGCAUCAUCAUUGGGGUAUUCUUUGUCUGGCGACACCACAGACCCCCACCAUCGAAGAAUAGUAUGGCAUACAUUCACAAUGCUCGAAACAACCCGCUCGGUUUGCCAGGCCAUGCUGUCUUGCUCAGUCUUCCCCCAGUUUUCUUGGUGUGGUCUAUUAUAUCCUUUGCUGCAGGAGUAGUUGCGUAUACAGUUCAACAUGCCAACGCCCAAAGUGCGUCAAUAUGGACCGUUGUCAGCUUCUUUGCUGUAUUCUGCUUGCUGUUGUUGGUAGGGCUGUUUACCUUCUCAAGGAUUUGGGUGUGGAAGAAGUAGGGCAGGAAUUAUACCUUAAGAUGUACUCGGCUUUGAACGCGAAUAUACCAUUGGAAGCUA